AUGGGGGCACACGGGUCCAAAGAGAAGCUCUAUAGAAGCAACUCAGAAAAACAUCCGUCCAAAUUACCUGUUCCUAAUGAUAAGAAAUAUAAGAUAUCCGUGAACCGUGAGAGAUUCGGCUCUUUCGGUACCAGAGGAAAUGGGAAAAAGAGGGAGCCUACAACCCCGGCAAACCGGACGCCGACUGCCUCCACCCCGCAGCCGCCGCCAACUCAAGCCAAAAAGAAUGGUGUGGUACAGAAAUUGUCGUCGUCGCCAGUGGCCGUGCGUCCGCGUACGUCUCUGGCGCCACCGCCAUCACCCAGAAAACCUGUCCCCAAUAGGACCACGCCACAGAGACCUACUACACUGCCUGCUACUAAAGGUUGGUUUAUAAUAAGCUUAAAUAAAAAUACCUAA